AUGGCCCAAGGAAGCACCCCCAAUGAUGCCCACGACCAACCCCCCCAACCAAACACCGAAGAAGUCCUCGACGUCGUCAUCAUCGGCGCAGGGCCAUGCGGCCUCGCCGUAGCCGCCCGCCUCCGCGAAGACACCCCCGCCGCCCUCUUCACCGACGAAGAGCACCGCCGCUUCCUCUGGUUACGCCGCCACGGCAACAAAGUGACGCUCAAAAAUGUCAAGACGGGCAAAGUAUCCCGCGGGGCGGCCCAUCGCCCGGAGUACAGGAUGGUCGUGCUCGACGCCGAGGGCGACAAGUGGAUGGCGAGGUGGAACAAGCUGUUCGAUACGUAUGGGAUUACGCAUUUGAGGAGUCCGAUGCAGUGGCAUGUUGACCCGGCGGAUCGGGAUUCGCUUUUGGCGUUUGCGCAUGGGGAGAGGAGACAGGAUGAGUUGGUGGAGAUUAGGGGUUGUGUUGGGAAGGAGAUCAGCAAGCAUAAGAAGAAGGCGAGGAUGGGUGUGCGGCCGAGCUUUCAGGACCAUCAACCAAACAGAGACAUCAAUGAGCGAGAUCGAGACGACUACUUCACCCCUUCCCGAGAGCUCUUCCGAGAACAUUGCGAAAUCGUCCGAAACAAAUACCUCCUUGACGAAGGCCUGCUCCACCAAGAAACAGUCCUCGACAUCACAUACGGUGUCAUUCGCGGCAUCUCCAUCGACGACGAGAACCUCUUCACCAUCAAAACAAACAAAUCAGUCUGGUACACCCGCUCCGCCGUGCUAGCCGUCGGCCCGGCCAACGGUCCCUCAAUCCCUCGCAUCCCGGGUAUGCCGGAAGAAGCCAUGCAUCCGACGCCAGGCGGCCAAUGUCAGUGUUGCCACACCGCCCUGAUCAAGAGGGUCCCGGAUGAUUUCGUGCAAGCCCGGAUCAAUGCCAACAGGAAGACCAACGUCCUCGUGAUAGGCGGCGGGCUCACUUCGGCGCAGAUCUCCGACCUCGCGAUCCGCAGGGGCGUGACCAAAGUCUGGCACUUGAUGCGUGGACCAUGCAAGAUCAAGGCUUUUGACGUGGACCUCUCGUGGAUGGGCAAGUACAAGAAUUCCAAACAAGCCGAGUUCUGGACGGCGGAUUCGGACGCGGAGCGGUACCAGAUGCUGAUGGACGCCAGGGGAGGCGGGAGCAUUACGGCCCGGUACCACGGGAAACUCAAGCGCCACGUCGCCUCGGGCCGUCUCGACCUGCGGACCUACACGCAAGUCGUCGAGGCGAACUUCAUAGAGGGGGCUGUGCCAGGUUUCGGUGGCGGCGCGUGGGAGGUAAAGACGGAGCCGGCCAUCGCGGACCUGCCUUUGAUGGAUUACAUUUACUUCGCUACGGGUAUCCAGUCCAACUUUGAGACGUUGCCGUACCUGCAGUCGAUGCUUAAGUCGUAUCCGAUCCAUGGGCAUGGAGGGUUUCCCUGCGUAAAUGAUAGGCUCAUGUGGAAGGACGGGGUUCCGCUGUAUCUCGCCGGUCGCCUUUCGGGCUUGCAGAUCGGUCCGGCGGCGCCGAAUAUCGGGGGUGCUAAGCUUUCGGCUGAGCGGAUUGCGUUGGCGAUGGAUGAGUUUAUCGCUGAGGAGAAGGGAGUCGACGGAACUAACGGCGUUGGGGGAACGUACGAUACCCCUUUGAUUCGGUAUGCCUCUGGGUUUGGAAGCAAGUACAGCUGUCUCGAGGAGCGGUAG